AAGGGGGAAAAAAGAGCAAAGCCAACUAGUUAAUCAACAAAACUAACCUUCGGAACUGGGACUCGCGCAUCCGUUACUCUUACUUUUCGCCUUUGUUGGGGGAUAUUCUUUUCGAUUUCUCUGGCCAACUACCUUCUCGCGACCAGCCCUCCCUCACCUUCGUAUGGUAUAUAUCCGCAAUGACGGCACGCCAAUCAUCACCUACGUCAGACAACUCUCGUUCGGACGGUAAUGCUCGCAAGAGAGUGUGUAAGGCAUGCGAUCGGUGUAGAUUGAAGAAAUCCAAGUGUGACGGAGCCAACCCAUGUGCUCGGUGCAGGACAGAUAAUGCCAUCUGUGUAUUUGGCGAGAGGAAGAAGGCUCACAACAAAGUGUACCCCAAGGGAUAUGUCGAGAUACUUGAGCAACAACAGACGUGGCUCGUCAAUGGCCUGCAAGAAAUGUACCGUCGCACCUUGAAGGGCGAAGGCUGGCCGGGAGAGCCCUUGAAAUGCGAGGCCAAUGGCCAUCCUGUAACGCACGAUUUGCUUACGCGACUUGGCGCCUUGGACCAGGCCAAGCGCGGGCGCUUCGAGGAAAACACAGAUACCAUGCAGCAAGAUCUGUGGAGACACAAUGCCGGACACAUGCGACGCCAGGAGUCAUCCGACGGUAGCUCAGAAAGCGCGCAGUCGCCCAUCAUCCCCUCCUGCUUCACAGAUCCAUUUGCUCGCCAGCUCUCAUGUACGCAAUCAAGCUUUAGCACACCGUCCCAGGCGCAAGGGCCCACGAUCAAAUUAGAGCCACAGAUGGCACCGACAAAUCCCGCUUUCGUUGCGCCCAUAACCAUGCAAGGGGUGGUAAACCCCCUCGCCCUACAGGCCCCGCAACAAUGGCGUGGCGAUAACUUUGGCGCUUUCGAGGAUACGGAUAUAAAAGGGGCGUCCGAAUACACGAAUCUGCCCUUCAACGCCCAGGUCCCGUCACCCAUGUUCAAUCGCCAAUUACCGAUGAGCUGCAUGCUCUCGCCGUAUCUGGAAUCUUAGGCGAGAUUAUGAAGACAUCAUUCGAAUCUUAAAUCGAAUGCGUCCGAAAUCGCGUCGACUCGAGUAGUCAUUUCGAUCCGACAGGAUCCAGCAUAUUAGUGUUUCCGUUGUCUAACAUUCUGUUUGCAUACGACUACGAUGGAAAGCGUGUACUCUAUACAUGCUCUCUUUUUUUUUUCCUAACAUUUCGACCUUGGACUAUUCUGAACGUACGGCAGCUCUCCCGUUCAUCUAGCAAGGGCAAUUGGCAAGCUGUAAAGUGUUGGGUUCUUUUGGGUGACUGCAAUCACAUCCUUCCUUUGCUUGCGGGACGGCAUCCUCUUUUUGGGCUUACACUUUCGUCGAUGACGAAGGCGCG